UCACACGUUUUCAUUUUUGCAUAUGAGCGGCUUUAAAUCGGGGGGUGAAAUCCGGACAGGUUGUUAUAGCUACCCAAUCCACAGGGGUCCCUCCACCCACCAGUAGACAACCUUAUAUAUAUAACACACAAAGUCUUGCAUGUCCCAAUAACUAUUAAAACAGUGAGUAUCCUGAGCAUUGCAGUUCAGGCUGACUGAGUGACUCUAUCAUCAGAAUUUCGCCCGUGGCAAAAGCCUGUGAUUGGGUCCGAAUGAAAAGCCGUUCUCAACUUUAAUAUAUGCCUCAUGAACGCGCACAGAAGAAGGCUGUAGGAUUAUCGAAGAGAAAUAUCGCUCAUAAUCACCUCGUGUUUUCUUAUUGACACACGCGGGCGAGUGUGUAUGUGUGCGUGCGUGUGUGUGCGUGUGUGUGCGUGCGUGUGUGCGUGCGUGUCUGUUUAAGCCUAACUUUUUAAAGGAUGAUAUAUCUUGGAUAUUUCCUGUUUCUUUUUUGUGGGCUCACGCGUGUCAUGGCAAGUUACCCGAUAUGGUGGUCUUUGGCGGUGGGACACCAGUACACUGGUCUGGGUACCCAGCCCAUCCUGUGCAGCUCAAUUCCUGGUCUGGUGCCCAAACAGCUCCGCUUCUGCCGCAACUAUGUGGAAAUCAUGCCUAGUAUGGCAGAAGGGGUGAAAAUCGGCAUCCAAGAGUGUCAGCAUCAGUUCCGUGGCCGCAGAUGGAAUUGCACUACUAUCAAUGAUAACCUGGCCAUCUUCGGACCAGUGCUGGAUAAAGCCACAAGAGAAUCAGCAUUUGUCCAUGCAAUUGCCUCAGCGGGGGUAGCAUUUGCUGUGACACGGGCUUGCUCCGAGGGCUCUGCCACCAUCUGCGGCUGUGACACACGGAGGAAAGGGCCGCCAGGCGAGGGCUGGAAGUGGGGUGGCUGUAGUGAGGAUGUGGAGUUCGGCAGCAUGGUAUCACGAGAGUUUGCUGAUGCUCGUGAGAAUCGGCCAGAUGCUCGCUCUGCUAUGAAUCGUCACAACAACGAAGCUGGACGUGUGUCAAUCACUGACCACAUGUAUCUGAAAUGCAAAUGUCAUGGACUUUCGGGCAGCUGUGAGGUGAAAACUUGCUGGUGGUCGCAGCCUGACUUUCGGGUGAUAGGCGACUACAUGAAGGAUAAGUAUGACAGCGCAUCAGAAAUGGUGGUGGAGAAACACCGGGAAUCACGAGGCUGGGUGGAGACCUUACGGCCAAAAUACACCUUCUUCAAGCCCCCUACUGAAACUGACCUUGUCUACUACGAAAGCUCACCUAACUUCUGUGAACCCAACCCAGAAACUGGUUCCUUUGGCACCCGUGACCGUAUGUGUAACGUGACAUCACAUGGUAUCGAUGGCUGUGACUUGCUCUGUUGUGGCCGAGGCCACAAUACUCAAACUGAGAAACGCAAGGAGAAAUGUCACUGCAUUUUCCACUGGUGCUGCUACGUAAGUUGCCAGGAGUGUACGCGAGUUUAUGAUGUCCACACCUGCAAGUGAGCACCUGCACCUGCACCAAAACCAGAUUGGACCAGAUUAGACAUUUGGGGUUGUGAACAUGCAAGAGCCUUUUGCUGAAACUUGUGGACCAAGCUGAAAUGGUUUCACUAAUAAGACAUCACAAAAAGAUACAGUGGACAGUAAAGUAAUUCUAAAAGACCUUCAAUAAGAAUGCUGUUCAAACGAACAAAAAGAUAAACCACUAAAGGCUUUGUUACCCACCUGGACCAUUGUUGUGGACAAACACAGGCCUGUGGCUCAGCUUUAGAAGGGACUAAUCAUUUCCAUUUUGAUAUGGGAGGGGAUAAGUGAUGGAUCUGACUACUAGAGCCCUGGGACCUUGACCAAUUGUGUCUCCAAGAAAAGAACAGAACAUCUUUGAAAGGGGGAGGAUUUGUCCACAUGUGGCAGCAAACACAGAUGGGAGAAUUCUGUGACAACAAAUGCAGCACAAACCAAAUACCAGGGUUUGCCCACAAGCUCCUCUGAAAUAUGUUAAUAGUUGCAUUUUUAACAAUAGCUUUACUACUAACACCGUUAAAAAAGCUAUAUGUAUCAUUUUAAUACAAAGUGCAUACUUGAGUACCAGCAAACAACCAACUAACAAAUUCCUUUACAACAUAAAAUACACUUUAUAUUGUCUCUGUGUGUAAGAUCAAACACUGAACUUAUAUUAGGUUGAGUUUAUAGUAAGUUACUAACAUUAGGUUAUGAAUGCACUUGUAUCUGAGUGAAUGUUCAUACAUUGUAUAUGUCAUUGUUUUCUUGAUAUGAUUUUAGAACUCAUUGCACAUAUCCAGACCUCUUCUAGCUAAUGCCGUUUAGGCUGCUUUCACACUUGUUUCGAUUGCUUGGUCCAAACCAGAGUUCACAUGCUCCCCCUUUUUCCCUGACCUUGCUGGAUUGUUAACACUGUAUUUUUGGAUCCGAACCUUGGUAUGUUUGCAUCAUCAAUGCACCAGCUGUUUACCCCUGUUGUCAGGUAACAACUACGCAGAAGAAGGCUGCAAAAUGGACAGCCAGGCUCAGUUUUGUACUUUUGUUGUUUGAAUCUUUGGUUUUGUUUCCAAAGCAUCAACACAGAAAGGCACUUGCGUCCAUCUGCAGUGAAUGUAUUGCAAAGGUUCCAAAGAGCAUCUGUUUUCAGUGAGCCUGUAUAUAUUCUUUAUUUUAUAUCAGUGGAGUGAGUAGACACAAAUAUAAUUUAACCAUAUCAUACCAUCAAUAGCGGUUCACUUCAGUGAUUUAGGAUGAUUGUUCAGCCACCAUAUCAGAGUUCAUAUGAAACCACAUCACAGACUACCUUUUUUUUACUGGACUCGGGUUCCCUUCAUGAGUGUGCACCUAGGUCAGAAAACAGUGUUCACAUCAUCCAAACAAACUGACGACAAACUAACCCAGGUGUGGACCAAAAGUGCUAGUGUGAAAACACCCAAUUUUCCCCAAAGAUUAAUAAUCUAUUAAAGGAUUAGUUCACUUUCAAAUGAAAAUAGUUCACUUUCAAAUCCUGACGCAUCCGAGCUUUAUAAUGGCAGUGAGUGGGAUUCCACACGGCUCUGGGGGGUCAAUAAAGGCCUUCUGAAGCGAAGCGAUGCAUUUGUGUAAAAAAAAAUAUAUACAUAUUUAAUAAGUUAUGAAGUAAAAUAUCUAGCUUCCGCCCAACCACCUUCCUUAUUCAAGUUACGUGUAAACUGGCAUCACUUCAGCUAAGUUUUUUUUUCCAUAAGUUGAAUAGGGAAUGCGUAGGACGUAGCGUAAGCCUUUUUGAACUGCGAACUGCCAUUAUAUAUGAUGCGUCAGGAUAUUUAUUAAUAUUUCUCCGAUUGUGUUCAUCAGAAAGAAAAAAGUCAUAUAUACCUAGGAUGGCUUGAGGGUGAGUAAAGCUUGAAGUAGUUUUCAUUUAAAAGUAAACUAAUCCUUUAAAGAGAAAAAAAGAAGAAAGAAAAAAAAACAGAUGUCAGCACUUCUAUCUUAAAAUGGAGCAUGCUAUUCAUUUGCCUUAUUGGUGGUAUUAUUGAUUUUUCACAGACAGUUUAUGACAUUUCACAAGUAAUUGUGGCUUUAUUCACUAGCUGAAACCAAAAUUAACACUCAAAUGUGUCAUGUGUCAAAUGUGAGCAAAUAAUAAUUAUUUUUAUUUUAAAAAGAAACUAAUGCAAAACAGAGGAUCAUUUUGUCAGUCCACCCACCUUUGACAGGCAGUGAAAAGUUUUUUGUAAUUUUUAUUAAUAUUAUUUUGGUUUGUUUUAUUUUUGUUUGGCAAAAGGUUCAUUUUCAACCGUGAUGACAGGUUUUGUUUCUGCUAUGACAAAAAUGAAUUAUUUCGUUUUUAUUCACAAUUGAAAUACUGAAGUAUUUUUCACAUCUGUCUUUAAUAGCCAUUAUAUGUGAAUCCAUGACCAAAAUUAAUGUGUUUUUAUUAUUCUGACUUUACCUACCCAGUUGUACAUGAAUGUUAGCAGCAGUGCAGAAACUAAAUGAACUACUCUCAUUUAUAAUGCUGCUAACUAAUAACAGGUUUGUUGUUAUAUUUAUGUGUGAUUAUGUGCUUGUGCAUUUGCGUUUCUCUGUGUAAAUCUACUGUAAGUGUCAUGAUGUUUGUAUGUAAAUGUAUCUGUAUGUGCAUGACUCUUUGUUUUCUUCUUUCUGUGAAAGACACUGUGUAAGCAUAAUUAACAACUAAAAUGUGAAGUUUUCUACUAAUUGAAUCUUGAUAGAGAGUUUGUAUUCGUUAACCAAAUAGAGAUAUUCUAACACUUUUGCAUUACUUUUUGAACAAUAGCUUGUAAAAUAUAUACUGUCUGAAAACUGAGAUGCAUUGAAUAUGGUGUUAAAAGCCACGGUAUAUUUUGACAAAGUAACAUUGAAAAAUUAUAUGCAGCCAACUUUCUGAAAAAUACUUUGUGAUCAUACCUAUGGUCAAUUCACAAUUAAUAUUAAAUACAUAAAUAUAUAUAUUAUAUUAACUGCAAUAUAUUAGAACUGCAAUAUAUUAUUCUCCCAUCUGCAAUAUAUUAACUAUAAGUCAGUGUAAUAUCACAGGGAAAUGUGAGAAGGCAAAGUUAAAACCCCAGCUUGUAAAAUUCUUUGGCAGAAGUUCUUUUUGCAGAUCUUUCCUCAAAGAAAAUAAACUCAAGUUUCCUCUUGCCCAUCUCACACUGAUUUAAUCUCUCAUCAAUCAAGGAUCAUUUCAAAGUACAUUCCCUAUUCAGCGUUUUUAUGUGUACAUCACUGCAUCUAAAUUUCGAUUGUUUGCUUACACACAGUUCAGUUUGUAUUUUAAACAUGGUCUUAAAUUCCAAAGUUUUGUACAGACUAGUUCUGUGUUUAUGGAUUUCUAAAGUAUGAGGAUUUUUUAUGAUUAUUUAUUUUACUGUAAUGUAUAUAUUAGUAAGAGUAUAUAUUUGCUCAAAAAAUAUUAUUACUUGUGUGGAAAAUGUUGUUUUGUGUAACAGUUUUACCAGCAACCAGAAACUGACCACAUAGGAUGCACUGUAUGUCCUGCUCUCUGUUAUUAGAAUUCUAGCUGUUAAUGUUAUAACCAAAUUAAAUAAAAAUACAAACAAAUUCUCA